AGGCCUAAAAAAAAAGAGUUUUGUUGUGAGCAUCGCGAUGUGGUUGAUACGAAUAAUUGUUUGCUGCUUGGCAUUGGGAUUAUCCCGUGGGGCUGAUGAAGUUGAGGUGUCCAUCUCUCAAGGGGCCCUCAGAGGGGUGAAAACAAAAACCAUUCGAAAUGGAGUGGAAUAUUACAGCUUCAAGGGAAUACCUUAUGCGAAACCUAUGACUGGGGCCAAUAAAUUCAAAAUUUCUGAGCUCGCAGGGGGUUGGACUGGAGUGAGAGACGCCACAAAACAUGGAAACACUUGUGUUUUCUUCUGUAUGGUGCAGCAGAAACUCGUUGGAGACGAGGAUUGUCUCUUUUUGAACGUUUAUACUCCAACUAUUCAGGCAGGAAGUGGCAAAGCAGUGAUGGUGUACUUCCACCCUGGCGGAUUCACAGGAGGCUCCGGUGAUGAUGAUCUCUUCGGGCCAGAUUUUCUCCUCGAGAAAGAUGUCAUUUUGGUAACAGUGAAUUUCCGAUUGGGAGCAGUUGGAUUCCUCAAUACUGGAGAUGCUAAUGCGCCGGGGAAUGUCGGUUUGAAGGACCAAGUUCUGGCGCUGAACUGGAUUCGCAAUAAUAUUCGAAAUUUCGGUGGAUGCUCUAAUCGAGUGACAUUGUUCGGCGUCAGCUCUGGCGCUGCGUCGGUUCAAUAUCACAUGAUUUCACCGAUGUCGGAAGGGCUGUUUAAACGAGCAAUUAUUCAGAGUGGUUCGGUGGCAAAUUCUUGGGCCAUUUCCUAUACUCCGAGGGAAGAUGCAAUGGCACUUGCUGAUAAACUUGGUAUUAAGACAGCGGAUACUACGGAAUUGGUGGAGAAACUCAGUAACAUUCCUACCCCCCAAAUUGUCGAAGCUAGCGUCGAACUGGCGCAUACUCUGAACUUUUUGCGUGGCGACAUGCAUUGGUUCCUGCCGUCCGUGGAGACAGAUUUCGGUCAAGAAAAGUUCCUUCCAGCGGACCCAUGGGUGCUGUUAAAGUCAGGAAGGGUGGCUGACGUCGACACCAUGAUUGGUACGACUUCCCAAGAGGGUGGAUUAUUCACACCAAUGGUCCUGCCGAUGGUUUCGAAUUUCAAAGACAAUUUCCAGCUAUUCCUCCCCAAGGAUCUCAACAUGACAGACUCAGAUCAGAUGAAAAUGAUCGGGGAGUCCAUCAAAAAAUUUUAUUUCGGUGAUAAAGAAGUGGGUGAGGGAACGACUAUGGAGUUGACUAAUCUUUUGACUGAUGUUUUCUUCGGCUGCGGAUCCAUGUUAACGGCUAAAGUCAUGAAUUCACGAUUGACUAGCCCUGUUUAUCAGUAUUUAUUCAACUUCGAAGCCCCAUUUGGAUUUAUGAAAGCCUUGUUCAAGAUGGAGGGAGGGAUCGUGCACGGAGAUGAUAUGACAUAUCUUUUCUAUUCGAAUGCCCUCCAGAAUAAAUUACAGGCUGGUUCACGUGUGGAAACUCUGACUGAUCAGAUGAUAGAGAUGUGGACGGAUUUUGCUAAAGAGGGGAAUCCCACCGUUACCAUGAGCUCGGUUAAAGUCAAGUGGGAACCGAUGGGCGAUAAUGGAAAUUACCUGGAAAUCAACGACAAUCUCGCCAUGAAGACGUCAGUCUUCAAAGAUCGGGUAAAUUUCUGGGCUGGUGUGUAUAAAGAUGUGCUUGGGGAUUAUUUCAAACUUUUUAAUUAAUUAGAGUUCUAAUGGAAAUUCACCAGUCGCUUAAUACGUUUGAGGUAAAGUGUACUUUGAAAAAAAAAUAAAGGGCAAGGGCUCAUAUGGUCCUUUGGUCCUUUUUAGAAUA